AAGCCGCACUGGACAAAAUGACCGCCGAAUCCUAUAGACUGACAGCAACUGAAGUGCUACACAAGAUCAAGGCUGGUGAACUGACCGUAGAGGCUUAUGCAAGGUCGUUGCUCGCACGAAUCGAUAAUAGGGACGAGACUGUUCAAGCAUGGGCCUACCUUGACCCGGAUUAUGUGAUCAAACAGGCGAAAGCACUGGAUGAAAUUCCACCAUCUGAACGUGGGCCCUUGCACGGCGUGGCUAUAGCUGUUAAAGAUCUGAACCAAGCCGCAGACAUGCCCACACAGUUCAAUUCUCCCAUCUACACCGAUGAUGCUCCUCAGGUUGAUGCUGGUUCUGUCGCCAUCCUGAGAAAGUCUGGUGCUCUCAUCCUCGGUAAAACGACCACCACAGAAUUUGCUGCAACCACUGUUGGACCCAAGACCCGCAACCCGCACAAUCCAAAUCGCACUCCUGGAGGUUCCUCUUCUGGCUCUGGAGCAGCUGUGGGAGACCUGCAAGCUCCUGUUGGUCUCGGCACACAGACCGGUGGCAGCACAAUCCGACCUGGCUCUUACAAUGGUAUCUACGCUUUCAAACCAACCUGGAACUCGAUCACUCGUGAAGGCCAGAAGAUCUACUCUCUCAUUCUCGAUACACUCGGACUUUACGCUCGCAGCGUUGCAGACCUUGGUCUUCUUGCUGAUGUUNUUGCUUUAGCAGACGAUGAACCAGCCACUUCAAGCUUUCGUGUCGAGGGGGCAAAGUUCGCUGUGCUGAAGACGAUGGUUUGGCCACAGAUAGGUUCAGGAGGUGCUGCUGCGAUGGAGAAAGCUGCAUCGCUACUGCGCGCCCAUGGUGCAGAGGUGGAGGAGAUCGAGCUUCCUGAUCAUCUCAACGACCUUCCUGCUUGGCACGCAACAGUGCUGAACUCUGAUGGCCGUACGGCAUUCUUGCCGGAAUAUACCACGAUGAAGGAAGAUCUCUCAGAGUUCUUGGUGGGCCAUGUCGAGAACAAUACGAAAAUCUCACGCAAGGCCCAACUAGAUGCAUUCGACAGUAUCGCGGCUGCAAGGCCAGUGGUAGAUGAUAUCCUCAGCAAGUAUGCAGCCGUACUGACCCCCAGUGUGCCUGAUGAGGCGCCAUUAGGUAUCGAGAAGACUGGCAGUGCAGCCUUUUGCUCUAUCUGGACAGGUGACAAUGGCAUGCCGAUUGGCAUUUCUCUUGUCGCUCCUCGUUACCACGAUAGGCGUCUAUUGGCUGUCAGUAGGGAGGUGGGUGACAUCUUCGAAGCAGAAGGUGGGUGGAAACGAGAUCUU